AUGUCCAAAAAAGAUUCAAAGGUCUUGGAGGAUGAGAACUCCAGCACGGCGCAAUCAGAAGACAGUAAUACUUAUUACAAUACCUGGAAGCAAUAUGUGGAAGUAGCGGUUUGUGGUACCGCUCUUUUAUCAGAUGGGUAUUGUAUGAGUAGUAUUGGUACUGUCUUGACUAUCCUAAAAAAGUUAUACCCAAAAGAAAUAAAAGCACAUCAUACGAUAAAAAAAAUUAGUAUGAUUGCAUAUGUUGGCACGAUUGUCGGGCAACUUCUGUUUGGUGUCUUCUCGGAUGCGCUUGGAAGAAAGGCUGGCAUGGUUGCGUCUUCCGCGUUUUUAGUUGUUGCUACAGCUUUAUGUACGGGUGCCUAUGGUUAUCAUGGAAGUAUUAGUGGUAUGAUGCAAGCUUUAAUAGCUUAUCGAUUCUUUUUGGGAAUCGGCAUUGGCGCUGAAUUUGUUUGUGGUUCAAUUUCGGCUUCUGAAAGCUCUACAGAAAUCCGUUCCGGUCUUCGCCAUGCAUUGUUUGUUAUUGUAACUGAUACUGCUACUUGUAUUGGACACAUUUUAGGCGCCUUGAUUCCUUACAUCUGGGCUUGCAUAUUUGGGGACAAACACCUUAGAAUUGUAUGGCGUCUUUCAAUAGGCUGUGGAAUUGUCAUCCCUAUUUUUUUUCUGAUUUUACGAAUUCGCAUGAAAGAAAUUAAGACUUACGUUUCUCACAGAGUUUCUGUAAGAAGGAUACCUUGGAUUCUUGCAAUUAGGAUGUAUGGGAUACGGUUGGUUUUAUUAUCCAUGAUCUGGUUUGCGAAUGGUUUAAUUAUCUCUGCUUUUUCUCUUUACUCAAGCACUAUCAUCAAAGGAGUAAUAUUACCAAAAGAUGCUUCUAUGGCUCGAAUCUUUGGAUGGACUGUACUGACUCAGUCAUUCAGUUUACCAGGAUCACUCAUGGGAGCUUAUUUCAGCGAUGUGAUUGGACCCAAACUUUUGGCAUCCAAAACUUCGCCUACUGCUAUCCGUGGGCUCUACUGCGGGAUUGCAGUGACUGUUGGAAGACUUGGAUCUAUAGUUGGUAUAUACGUGUUUGGUGGGGAUCAGUUGCAAAGGUACUUUUACGCAGCCAGUGGGAUAGCUAUUUUCAUAGUUUUCAUUUCUUGCUUCCUUCCAAAUGUGGACCAGUCUUGCGUAGGAUUAGAAGAUGACCGAUUCUUCGAGGCUUGCAGAGUUGAAGGGGUUCAUCCCGAUUUACGAAAGAAUAUUGAUUAUGCGAAUUAA